CUUCAAGCGUGGUGGACUGGCUAGUUUUUAAAAUAGAACACAUGCGCGAAUAAAGUGGCAAAUUUCAACCGAGUACUUAAGUGUUGUUGUUUUUAGUGCAAUUGCAAAAUGGAUAAGAUUUUAAUUUUUUUGCUAUGUUUGUAUUUGUGUUCUGCAAAAAUUAAAAUAAACAAAUUGGACGUUCCCUCUGCGAUACGUUAUGGUAGUCAAGAUUUCGUAGUCUUGGAUUGUGAUUUCACUUCCGGAGAUCACACUGUAACAGAAAUUAAGUGGUUUAUUGAUGGAGACAAACAAAUUUACCAAUGGUUACCAAAAACCAACGUACCAGCCCAAGCUUUGGGCAAAUUUAAAGAUCACAUAGACCUCACUUAUCGUGCGACCAACGAUCCUAAUACAAUGUACAGAGCGUUGCGCAUAACAGAUCUUUCACCGGAAUUUUCCGGAAACUAUACUUGUAAAGUGAGCGGUCCUGAAAGCGAAGACCAAGUCACCAAAAGGAUGAUCAUUUAUGAGACACCGGACGAUGAUUUAGAACUGACAAUUUCACAAGAAGAUUCAGAAAUCAAAUGCAGUGCUGAAGGUCUUUUUCCUGAACCUAACAUGACUUUAUACAUCACCAAUUAUAAUAUGACUGAAAUAAUAUACCAAGAAAACGAUGAGUCAAUCGACCUCGGUGACGAUGGUCUUUUUAAUGUUUCUUCUGUUCUCGCUUAUGAUCCUGAAGACUUGACUGAAACUUUUUAUUACAUAUGUGAACUUUCCAUACCAGGAACUCCUUUCAGUAUGAACGAAACUAUGAUACACUUUCAGGACAACAAGAUAAAAGCCGAAGAAGAUUUCAAUUUGUUUAAUUCAACCAACUCUACGGAUAGUACGUUUGAGGAAUCGAAAGUUAUCUGUGCAGAAAUUGAGACACAAAUAGAGGAAGAAUAUGAUUUUAAUACAACUACAGCUGAAACUGCUACUAACGCUGAUGAUGACGACACACGAAAAGAAAAAAAUGAAAGUUCAUCUCUCAGGCAUCUUCCAAGUUUGGUUACAACGUUCUUAACCGUAACAUUGCUUAGUCAGUUUUAUUUUUAAUAGGUUUAGUAUAAAAUAAAUGUGAUAACAAACCAAAAAUAUGUAAAAUAAUAUUGUAAAUUGUACAUAACUAUGUGUGUAUAGGGGCGCACGGUUGGUGCCUACAACCUUAUUUCUUGUUUUAUCUAAAAUUAAAUAUCACAAUGGAGAAAUUAUUUGAAUUGUGUUGUACAUUCGCGUGUACACGUACAACAUCUAAUUUAUCUUUUGUAAAGCUAGUCUCAAAAAUAAAAUAUUUUUUCACAUUU